AUGCUGUGCUGCCAUAAACAAUAUUUUCAGUUAAUCCGAGUUUUAUUCUAUCAAUCACGGCGUUCAUUUACUCCAACACGUCAAUUAAAUGAUUUACAGCAAAUAUAUGAGUUACUUAAACAAGAAUCUCUAUCUGCAACAACGCCUUAUUCACAAACAAUGAAGCCAACUGGAAUAUUUGCUAAUAAUGAAUUAGAUUUAGACACAAUCAAAGUUUAUGGUUUUGAUUUUGAUUAUACAUUAGCAAGAUAUAAAUCAACAUUACAUUCAUUAAUUUAUGAUCAUACUAAAGAAUAUCUCGUCAAAAAUUUACGAUAUCCAGAUCAACUAAUGAAUUUUUCUUUUCGACCUGGAUUGGGUGCACGUGGUCUUCAUUUAGAUAUAAAAAGUGGAUGGUUAAUGAAAGUUGAUAGUUAUCAUAAUAUUCAAUUAGGCACUGUUUAUCAUGGUAUGCGAAAAAUACCAGAUGAAGAAGUUAUUGCUGCACAUAAUGGUACAAAAUUGUCUGUUGAUGAAGUUGGUUAUCUUGGAAUGACAUCAAAUAUGUAUCAAUUUGUUGAUAUUUUUUCAAUAUCUGAAAUAACAAUUUUACGUGAUGUGGCUCAGUAUUUUAUUGAUAACGGUAUUCCAUUUGCAUCUGAAUACAUACAUCAUGAUGUUCGAGAAGCAGUUAGCUUUUUCCACAGAACUGGAACGAUGCAUAAAAUAGUUGGGCAAGAUGUUGCAACUUAUUUUGAAGAAAAUGUUCGUUUAAAACCAUUUUUACAACGACUUCGUGAUGCUAAUAAACAAUUAUUUUUAAUAACAAAUAGUGCUUUUUGGUAUGUUGACCGUGGUAUGACAUAUUUACUUGGAAAGAAUUGGGAAGAGUUUUUUGAUAUUAUUAUAUGUCAAGCUAGAAAACCAUCAUUUUUUGGUGCACAAAGAAGACCAUUUAGAGAAGUUAACGUUAAUAAUAAUUCAAAAUCUUGGGAUCGAGUUUCUAAAUUACAGAAAGGAAACGUUUAUACUGAAGGUAAUCUCACGGCUCUUGUUGAAAUGACACGUUGGGAAGGGCAUGAUGUUCUUUAUAUUGGUGAUCAUAUUUACGGUGAUUUAGCAGAUUUAUUUCUUACACAUGGAUGGAGAACAGGUGCUAUUUUAGAAGAAGUUGAAGAUGAAAUCAGUGUAAUUAAUUCGGAACCAUAUCAAAAAACUAUUCGAUGGCUAAAUAUUCUUGAAUGGCUAAUCGAUCAACUACAAGAUAUUCCUGGUCCUGAAGCUGAUGUACUUAUGAAAAGUUGGGUUGCUGAACGAGAACAAGAAAGAACAAAAUCUCGUGAUUAUUUUAAUCCUUCGUUUGGUUCUAUAUUUCGUACACAUACAGUUCCAACAUAUUUUCAUCGACGUUUAGCUCGUUUUGCUGACGUUUAUACAUCAAAUGUUUGUAAUUUUCUUAAUUAUUCGCUUGAUUAUAUAUUUUUUCCUCGUCGUAUGGCAUUAGCACAUGAAAAUGUUUUGCCAACGCCAGAUAUUAAUUUAUUACUCAUGAAAGCUGCUCGAGAAGCAAUGCGUUUUGAAACAAAGAGCUGA